CAGGACUCCUUUUCACCGUCUUCCCUUGAAAAUCUAAAUUUACCAAACUGAUAUCUCUAACCGCAUUUGUCACAAAAGGAUACACUCCGGCUCAAGGCAAAUUUGAACUCCACCGCUCUCGAUUACACCCCGUCAGCCGUCGCCACUUGAAAUUGAUCGACAUUUCCCAUGUUGGGAGACAUUCAGCUUCCGAUUGAGAGACUCUCAGGUCGAGUCUACAAGUCCGUCAAGAUCCCCCUAAGAAAACUCUUCAACUUGUUCAAGAUGCCACCAAGAACACCGCCGCCACAUCGACGUUUCCGCGUCCCAGCACCUGGCAAUCAUCCGCCUCGCCCGAGACCCAACGGCUACCCUCCGCUGGUGGUCACGCUCAUUUUCUUCGUCGUUUUCAGUUACGUGGCCGUCAUGGUGGCCUCGCCCAGUCCGUACAAGCACUGCCCAACCAGCGACGAGAUGAACCACUGCUUCACUCGUCUACCGAAAAAUUCCAUGUUUGUCAAGAAGGUCUGCAAAGGCCUGGAAGCUGCCAGGAUCAACCCCAUCGCCCUGGAGGUGUCUAACAAGACGUCAAAGUCGACUGCUACUGUCGAAACAACUGGGAAACCCAAGCAAAUUUUAUUAUGGACAACUUUCUUCCGCUGGGAUGAUUUCCGCUUCGGUUUGGGUCGUGAGCCGUUCAUGGCCGCCGGCUGUCGCUACACCAACUGCCUAACGACGACCGACAAGAGUCUGGCCAACCAGAGCGACGCCCUCAUCUUCCACCCCAACGAUUUCGACGUUGAUAAUUUGCCCCGGCACCGGCUGGCCGCCCAGCGCUACGUUUUCCUCUACUACGAAGCGAUGGCCAGCGAGCGGGAGCGGCUGUCCGUCUUCACCGAGCCGCUGAAACAUUUCUUCAACUGGACAAUGACCCACCGUCGUGAUUCCGACAUUUUUUCCAGCCAUCCGUACGGCAGCCUCCGCCGGAAAUCGACUUCCGUCGUGUCCAACGUUCUGCCCCGGCCGCUGCCGGAAGGUGAGAUUCCGCCCGAUCCCAUUAAAAUGUUCGACACCUUUUUGCAUCCCAAGGUGCUGGGCAACAAGACCAAACUGGUGGCCUGGUUCAAUUCCAACUGCGACACUCUGGGCGGGCGGGAAAAAUACUUCCGCGAAAUGGCCCAGUACACGCCGAUCGACACUUACGGCGCUUGCGGCCAUUUGAAAUGCGAUCCGGCCGAGGGGACCCACUGCGACAAGCUGCUGGGCAACUACAAAUUCUACAUCGCCGCUGAGAAUUCCCUGUGCGCCGAUUACGUCACCGAGAAAUUCUACCGCGCCCUGGAAGCCGACGUCGUCCCCAUCGUUUACGGCGGUGCGGAUUACUCCGCCUUCGCUCCGGCCCUUUCCUACAUCAAUACGGCCGAUUUCGCCUCGCCAAAGGCCCUGGCCGAGUACCUCUACGUCCUGGACACCAAUCCUGGACUCUACUCGAAAUAUUUCGACUGGAAAAAGGACUGGGAGGUCAUCCGCUUUCCGCCCAACGGCUGGUGCGACCUCUGCGAGAAGCUCAACCGCCCGGAAGAGCCGGCCAAGAGCUACGAAGAUAUCGGCACUUGGUUUUACGACAAGGUCCCCUGUCUUCCCGGCAGUUCACUUAAAAAUCUGUACGGUGAAAAGUAAAACGAAAAAAUUAAUUCUAUUCUAGUGAAUGUAAUCAAGAAUGUGCUGUAUUGUAUUUAUUUAUUUAGUGCAUUUAAUGAGGAGACAAAAAAUUGCUCUUUCCAUUCCGCUUUUCUUUUUCGUGUGGUUUAUUUGUUUUCCCUAAAUUACUUUGUGUCUC